CCUCAAGCGCCACACAACCACCAUAUCAACCACAUAUUAAUUACGGAUCAGGCCGAAGACUUUGUGCUAGAAACACAAAGAAGAGUAAUCUGCCAUGGAUGGUAUGGAUCAUGGUGGUCAUGAUGAGCACGGCAUGGAUGGGAUGGCACCAUCAUCGACGAAUUCCACCCCCAUGGGGAUGAUGGACGGCCAUCAUGAGAUGGCCAUGAUGCAUAUGACCUUCUUCUGGAGCAAAAACGCCUACAUACUCUUCUCCGGGUGGCCCGGCACAAGCACAGGUAUGUAUGUGUUGGCCUUGAUAUUUAUCUUUGUCCUCUGCAUCAUCGUCGAGUGGCUGUCUCGUUCCCCACUGAUCAAAACCGGGCCAAAGCAUUUCACGGCCGGUCUGCUGCAGACACUGUUGCAUGGCUUAAAGGUGGGGCUGGGUUUCAUGGUUAUGUUGGCAGUGAUGUCUUUCAACGUUGGUGUGUUUUUGGCUGCUGUUGCUGGGCAUAGUGUGGGGUUCUUGUUGUUUCACAGUAGGGUUUUCAAGGAUUCUGAUACUGGAAAGCGCGGUGAUGUUCUUCCCUCAAGCUGUUGAUCAUCAUGAUCAUGAUCGACAUGCAGGAAAAGAAACAAGCUGGGAUUGAGACUGCAUCUGUGCAUCAUGUGUUUUGUCUUCGUUUUUGAGUUAUAAUUAGCUUCUGUUAAUCUCCCACUACAUGAGAAGCCUAUAGGGGAUCUGGAAUUAGGUUUUUGUGCAUUGCUUUUCUCCCACCAAAACAAAAAGACUUGUAUGAAUCUUGUAUGUACUUUCAAGAUAUUGCAUCAUCAUGUAGUGGGUCUACGGAGGAAUUAAUACUCUAAUUUACAAUUAAA